GUCCUCUUCGGGGAAGCUAGGUGAGAGAUGUCUAGAGGUUGAGCAGGAAGAUUCUGGUACUGGGUAAGAUUAGCAUUAGCAUGCUCUUAGCCUGGCUUCGAUCAGGACCCAGCAAGCUACAAGAUUUUCACAAAGCCCGCCAUCUCUUAUUCUCUUCUACUACAGCUACUACAACAUCCUCGCUUCCACCUCCCAUAACAGUUGAUAUUUUGAAAGAAUGCAAGACCUUGAUCCAAGCCAAGCUCUUGCAUCAACAAGUCUUAGUUCAGGGUCUCCUCCACUUUCUCAGCAACCUUAUUGGCACCUACAUAGCUUGCAAUUCCACUUUCCAUGCUGUUUUGCUUCUCGAGCGGCUCGAACCCUGCUCAUUCCAUGUUUUCUGGUGGAAUCAAUUGAUAAGGGCUGCAAUUCAUUGUGGAUUUCCUGAUCAUGUUUUGGGAAUUUACCGUCGGAUGAGGAGACUGGGUUGGAUGCCUGACCAUUAUACCUAUCCAUUUGUUUUCAAAGCUUGUGGUGAGCUCAUGUCAUUCCAUCGUGGUGCUUCGCUUCAUGCCAGCGUGUAUCGAGCAGGGUUCGAGUCGAAUGUUUUUGUUUGUAAUGCAGUGGUUGCAAUGUAUGGGCGUUGUGGUGAGCAACAUCAUGCACGUAAGAUGUUCGAUGAAUUGUGUUACAGAGGUAUUCAGGACUUGGUUUCUUGGAAUUCUAUUGUUUCUGCUUACGCCCAGGGUCAAGAUUUCAAUAAUGCACUUAAAUUGUUUGACAAAAUGUCUAAUGAUCAUUGGAUAUUCCCCGAUGCUGUGAGCCUCGUUAAUAUACUUCCUGCAUGUGCUUCAAUGGGUGCAUCAUCGGAAGGUAAACAAAUUCACGGGUUUGCUAUUAGAAGUGGAUUGGUUGAUGAUGUCUUUGUGGGUAAUGCUAUGGUUGACAUGUAUGCCAAGUGUGGUAAGAUGGACGAAGCAAGCAAGGUUUUUGAGAGGAUGAAGGCCAAGGAUGUCGUUUCUUGGAAUGCCAUGGUUACAGGGUAUUCUCAGAUUGGUAAAUUUGAAGAUGCUCUAUCUUUGUUUGAGAGGAUGCGAGCAGAAAAUAUUAAUUUAGAUGUUGUGACUUGGACUGCUGUUAUAGCAGGAUAUGCUCAAAGAGGACUUGGUCAUGAUGCCCUGAAUGUAUUUCGGCAGAUGUGCAGUUGUGGGUCACAGCCAAAUGUGGUCACUCUCGUGUCUUUACUUUCAGGUUGUGCAUCUAUUGGAGCUUUGCUUCAUGGGAAAGAAACCCAUUGUUUUGCAAUCAAGUCUAUCCUCAAUGUAGAAGGACAUGAUCCAGGGGAUGAUCUGAUGGUAAUUAAUAGUCUGAUUGACACGUAUUCUAAAUGCAAAAUAGACAAAACUGCUCGUAUAAUGUUUGAUUCUAUAUCUCCAGAAGAUAGAGAUGUGGUUACUUGGACAGUGAUGAUCGGAGGGUAUGCCCAACAUGGUGAUGCCAACCAGGCACUACAACUUUUUUCUGAAAUGUUUAAAGUGGAUAAAUCUAUAAAGCCUAAUGACUUUACUUUAUCUUGUGCUCUAAUGGCUUGUGCUCGUUUGGCAGCAUUAAGGUUUGGCAGGCAAAUCCAUGCUUAUGUGUUGAGGAAUCAUUAUGACUCUGUUGUUCUUUUUGUGGCCAACUGUCUCAUAGACAUGUAUUCUAAAUCUGGAGAUGUAGAUGCUGCUCGCAUUGUUUUUGACAGCAUGGAGGAGAAGAAUUCUGUAUCAUGGACAUCUUUAAUGACAGGAUAUGGUAUGCAUGGACGAGGUGAAGAUGCUCUCUUAGUUUUCGAUGAGAUGAGAAAAAAAGGUCAAGUGGUUGACGGCGUAACAAUUCUUGUGGUGCUUUAUGCUUGUAGUCAUUCGGGAAUGGUGGAUCAUGGAAUCAAUUAUUUUUAUAGAAUGACCAAUGAUUUUGGGGUUGUUCCUGGAGAGGAGCAUUAUGCUUGCAUGGUUGAUCUCUUGGGUCGUGCUGGUCGGUUGGGCGAGGCUAUGAAACUUAUUCAGAGUAUGCCCAUAGAACCAACCCAUGUAGUGUGGGUGGCCUUGCUUGGUGCAUGUCGGAUACAUUCAAAUGUGGAACUUGGAGAAUUUGCCGCAGAUCAAUUGGUGAAAUUGGAGUCAGAGAAUGAUGGGUCAUAUACAUUACUUUCUAACAUAUACGCUAAUGCUAGACGUUGGAAAGAUGUGGCUAGGAUUAGAAGUUUAAUGAAACAUACAGGGAUGAAGAAAAGACCUGGUUGCAGUUGGGUCCAAGGAAAGAAGGGCACAGCAACCUUCUUUGUUGGGGACAGGUCUCAUUACCAAUCUCAGCAGAUAUAUGAAACUCUCUAUGACUUGAUUCAACGAAUCAAAGUACUUGGAUAUGUACCUCAAACAAGCUUUGCUCUUCAUGAUGUGGAUGACGAAGAAAAAGGUGACCUUCUUUUUGAACAUAGCGAAAAAUUGGCACUUGCUUAUGGCAUCUUAACAUCACCUCCUGGGGCAACUAUUCGAAUAAACAAGAACUUACGCAUCUGUGGUGAUUGCCAUAGUGCUCUAACUUACAUAUCUAGAAUUAUUGAACAUGAAAUCAUUCUAAGAGACUCAAGCCGUUUUCAUCAUUUCAAGAAGGGAAACUGCUCAUGUAAGGGCUACUGGUGACAAUAAGUAAAGCAAAAUAUUUUCUUGCAAAAUACUGCAACAAAAGAGGGGAGAGGAAUAAAUGGCUAGGUGGGUACAGAGCAUGAGCAAGGAAGCAAAAGAAGAAAUGAUGCGAAUUCCAUAUUGGCUUUCCAUAAAUCAGGUUCUCUCUCACCAACUUGUCGAAUACCACCUCGCUUACGAGCCUCUUUUAUUGCCCACAAGAUCCUCUCUCUCUUUCUCACACACACACACACACACACACACACACACACACACACACACACAGAGUGACUGUUCUAACAUUAACAUCUGGCAAAGUUAGUUAUUCUUGGAUAAUAUCUUUUCUUUAUCUUUAUCUUCUGCCAGGUGCAUUUUACCCUCCUUAAACUUAUUUUUAACCUGUGUUUUCCAGCUCGUUUGGACAUAAGUGAGGCCCACUCCCCAUUGGGCUCACUGUGGUUAACAUUUUGAAACCAAAUC